UUUCCCAACUCUGAAGCUGGUUUUGCAGUAAACGCCAGAAGUUGAACACCGUGGGAUAAAAGAUUUCUGCAGCAUUUAUUGCUGUUGAACGUAAGCAGGCUUAAUUUUUUUCCCAGGAAUCUUGUGCCUCUGACUAUGCGACUCUCAGCACCCGUGCCUUUUCAGUAUCUCUUUCUAGAUUGUUGUGCAGAGAUAAACAUCACAGUUCACAGACAUGAAUGGAUUAUUAGCUGGCGAGUUCUUUGAAAUUCUUUUUAUUUCCACUACCGCCACACGACAAUCAGCUGACCUCUUCUUUUCAUGUUUGUUAUGUCACGCUGAUACAACUGCUGUCACAGACUGAAUGCUGCCUUUCAUUUUUAUGUAAGAACAGAGCAGAUUUAUGAGGAUUACGAGCCACCAGCUGGGUGCUGGUAUUUGGAGGGUUUGAAUAAUAAUCAGAUGGGAGUUAGCCAGGAUGGCAGUUGCAUGCUAAUUAUAUCAUUCCUUGAAAAUGACAUUUGUUUACAUUUUUAUUAUUGCAUUUAUUUCAAGUCUGGCCUGUAUUUAUGUAAAAAUACACAUUUGACAAUAUUUAAAUGAUCAGUCAAAUUAGGAAUAUGAAGAAAGAUAUGGUGCCUUCCAGCAAAGGAAUUACGUAUUGGUACUAAGGAUUGCUGUGCUUGCCUUUAUAGCUGUGCUGUAAGGAAAUGGGCCUUUGUGUUGCUGAUUCAUGUGAGUCAGCUACUGGACACCUGUCCUUGAGACGCUGCCAAGCUGUAAAGAAGCACAACUUAACCUGACAGCCAGCAGGACUGCGUUGUAAUUAGUCUGGCAGCCAGGAGACGGCACAUAAUGCCUUUGUCUCUUGCUUUUGCUUCUUGUCUUGUUUUGCUAUGUGGUAUAUCCUUCUCUCUCCCACCCCCUCAUCCUUUCAUCUGUGAUAAGCUCUCAGACAGCAGCUGUGACUCCCUUCCUCAUCCCUUUUCCUCCGUUCCUCCUCUUCUUCCAACCCUUUUUGUCGUGCUGUCAUCUAUUUUUAGCUCCUCGUGUGGUGGGCAGAGGAGGUGCGUGAACGCACGGGAGUGUGUCUGGAUUGCGGGGGAGAAAGGUGCAGGCUUGUGUGUAUGUGUGUGUGUGUGUCUGUGUUUUGGUCUUCAUCACGCUCCACUAAAUUGCCCUGCACGAGACUAAGUCUGCAGUCUUUAGAAAGUCAUUAGGAUUAGAGCAUGCAGCAUUAAAUGUGACACUGAUUACUAACCAUGGACGUUUCUAUUUUUAGUACACCAUUAAAUGUAUUAUUCACAUUAUGUGAUACUGUAUAAAAAUAACUUGGCCAGUAAUUAUUGUAGCACAAAUUCAUAUAUUCACAUUUGUUGAAGCUUUGUAAUAAAUGGCUAAGCAUGAAUUAAGUAAGGAUUUAAAUUUGAAACGACCCCAGUGCUGUUUGUGAACACGUGGACACUUGUAUGAAUGGUGUUAUUGUUACUGCCAAUGUUGCCAUCAGGAGAGGUUUUCCCUAACCUUUUGGAUCAUGACAUUUCCACAUGACUCUUCAGCCUUCAUCUGUAGCACACGCCCCAAGUAACCGGCGGUGUGUUAUGAAAGAACAUCACAGUAGAGCAAGUUCUUAGAAGAACUUUCUGCUUCAUUACUUUAACAGCUGUUUUAUUAAUAUUACCUUGGGCGCUUGAUGCUAAUUUAGCAUCAGUGCUGUUUUAUUUAUCUGAACUUCCUGAGCUAUAGACAUAUUUGCAGCUUUAUAAGCUUAUCUUUGCUUUGAGUUUGCAGCAGGCUGCAGAAUAACACGCCCCGUUACUGUAUUUGUGGUUUGCUUCCAUGUAUGCGAAUCUCAGUUGCUUGCUGCAGAUUUCAAGUAUGCUGAACCUGUGAGAACUGAUUCCUAAAAUCUAUCUGAAUGACACGCGUCAUUUGAAGUGAGAGGCUUCAACAGUGAUGGUGAAAAGCACAAAACAGUAUAGUAUGUUUAUGUGAAUUUCUGAUAAUUAUAGGAAGCAGUGGCACAAAACGGAGAGGAGAAGGGAGAGGGUGGGAUAAAGAAAACCCUCGUGCCCUUGUAGCUGAUUAUUGGUUGAAUCCACAGACAAGGGGAGGGGCUCCGUGUCACUGUUUCUGUAGAGAGAGAGGCAGAGGGAGCCAGACGGCAAAGGAGGAUAAAUGAACACAGGGGGUUCUCCCAGCAUCGGUAUGCCUGCCUACCUCAUUUCCAGUCCAGACACAGUUGCUGCUCUCCUGAAUAGAAAUAACAGCAGGUGUGUUUACACGCGUGUGCGCCUGUUUUUGAACAUCAGUCACCUUGUGCACUGCCCUCAUCCUCGCAGCACGCGGCAGUCUGCUUUGAUUUUACUGCAAAGGACCAGACAGAAGCUGAGGAAAGAGCAAGAGGACAUGGAAGAGUGUUAAAGGGGCAGAAGAGGAGGAAAAGAAGCAGGACAGAGGUGGAGCUAAAGGACAUCAUAAAGGGGAGAUUAUGCCUAAUGUCUCCUUCCUUCAAGUUACCUAUGCAGUGUAUUACACAAUAAUGUCUUUGCACUGGAAGCUGUGUUGACUCUUUGGGCUACAGACGAGCAAGAAAGAGCCUGAAUCUGUGCUGUCUACAGCUGCAGCAGAUGUUGAAGACAUCUGACUUUAUAGGGAGUGGAGGCAUUUAAAGCUUAGACUGGACUGGAAUUUCCUUCGACAAAGUCAAAUAUCUGUCUCUUUUCCUUUUCGUGCCUUCAGCUGGUGAGUUUGUUUUGCGGGAAAAGGAGGAAUACGCACAUUGGUGUUCUGUGUUUACCGUGGUGCCUCUGUUGCUGUAAAGCCACAGUCGUCUGCGCUGAGAACAGACCGAGGGGGGCUUCCGUACCCUUUUGAUUUUUUUCGGACCCUUCUGCAUCUGAUAUGGCCGGAGGCUGCAGCCUCAUCAUGGAACCACAACACGGAUCUUUUUAUUCGGAUUGAACUGUGAGCUCUUGGGUUUAUUACACGGCGCAGAGCUUGUGCGGCGCACAUUACUGCCCAAGAUGAUUAAUUCCUCUCUGGAUUCACUGAACCAGACCUCCGCUGUCCCAUCAAACCUAUCCGCUCCCUUCUGCCUGCUUCAGAUAGGCUAUUCCCAAAUCUUCACCACCUGCAUCCUUGAAGUCUCAAUCAUACUUCUCCUUACAGUUCUCAUCAUUUCCGGCAACCUGGUGGUGAUUUUCGUGUUCCACUGUGCCCCGUUGCUCAGCCAACACACCACCAGUGCUUUCAUCCAAACAAUGGCGUAUGCUGACCUUUUAGUGGGGGUCAGCUGCCUGUUCCCCUCCCUGUCCCUACUCCAUCACCUACAGGGACUCGACCCCAGACUCACCUGCCAGGUGUUUGGGUACAUGGUGUCUGUUUUGAAGUCGGUUUCCAUGGUGUCGUUGGCGUGUGUCAGUGUAGACCGCUACAUUGCCAUCACGCGACCUUUGACCUACGCGUCCCUAGUGACCCCUUGCCGAGUGCGCUGUUGCAUCGUCCUGAUAUGGCUGUACUCGGCUCUGGUGUUUCUCCCCGCGUUUCUCGGAUGGGGGAAGCCUGGUUACCACGGCGACGUGGUGGAGUGGUGCGCCGUCCAGUGGAGGACUAGCCCCGCGUUUACAGGCUUCAUCGUCGCGCUGCUCUACGCCCCUGCCGCCCUCACCGUCUGCUUCACCUACGCCAACAUUUUCAAGAUCUGCCGACAGCACACGCGGGAGAUCAGCGAGCGGCACGCGCGCUACCGGCCCCAGCAGCUGCAGGGCCCAGGAGCCAAGGACAGCGGUGCUACAGUACAAGGGAAGUUCUCCCACUUGUCUCAACUUCAGAAACACCAUCGCCACCAAGCACAGUAUCAGCAGCCGCCGUCGACGUACCCAGACAAGCGUUACGCCAUGGUGCUGUUUCGAAUCACCAGCGUGUUCUACAUCCUUUGGUUGCCCUACAUCCUGUACUUCCUCUUGGAGAGCGGUGGGAUCUACCACCACCCGGCAGCCUCCUUCUUCACCACAUGGCUGGCCAUCAGCAACAGUUUCUGCAACUGUCUCAUCUACAGCCUUUCCAACUCUGCCUUCAGGAAGGGCCUCAAACGCCUCUGCUCCUUCUGCUUACAGCGCAGCGGCACAGGCUUUGGGGUGAGGAACAGCAAGAAGGCUUUCUUGACCUCUGUUGAAAAGGGAUAUGCUGGCUCUGGGUAUGAAUAUGGACAUAAGACAUUUGGACUAGGCACAACAUGUCAUGUGUAAUGAAGCCGUUCUUGGGCCUAAUUGGCAUUCGAACUUUUUAGCAAAUGCCUGCUGUGAUUGCUGUGAACCGUUUCCUCUGUUAAGAUGAAUUGUGCGUAAAGAAGAGGAAGGAGGCGUCAAUCUGCCACCAGUGUUUAUGUUGCAUUCAGAGGUUCCACAGACAUCCUCUUUGCACAUGCUGCAGCUGGCAAACACGGAGAAAGGGAAUCGAGCAAUGCACUGAAGGGUAAAAAUCCCUGUUAGAUGGCUAAAAGUAGUCAUGGAAACCCAGCAUGCUGCGUUCAGAGGGGCGAUGGGUGGAAGGGGUUAGAGCUUUUCGGAGGUUAAUAUCUUCUCUUUUUUAUGGGACGUGAGCACGGAUAGCUGCACUGAAGCUGUACUUUAUGUAGUACAGCGUGACCAUUAUUUGUUGUCGACACUGUAUGUUCUUAAAGUAAAAGAUGAAAGGCUUUGGUGCAGAUGGAACGGUUCACUACUGUAUUUCAUUAUGUAGCACUGAGAGGAAACCAUGUACUGUAUGACUCCAUGCUCUCACAUUCACACAUCAUGAUGUGUGUACAGUGUCUUGGUUGUGGUUUAAUGAUUCGAAAAGGAACAGCAUGUCAUUGUAGAGUUUGUGUUCAUUGAACUGAUUACGGUUUGGCAAAAACUUGUAUUGAUUUGUUUUGGAAAUAGAAUAUAAAUGAGAAUAUUUAUUCCUGUACAGUAUAAAACAAUAUGUAUUUCGUUCAUGGGUUCACAAACGACGGUAUGUUUUUUAAUAUGUAACCGAUAUUUGACUGUUGUCCUAAAGAACUAAAAGAACAAGGAAGUCUUCCUCAGUUGUUCACCUUUUGUUUUAAAUAUAUAACUGAAACCUUUUUAUCUGUCUAAAAGUCAAAGCAUAAAAGAAAAAGAUUGUAUAUUUGCAUAAAUAUUAUUGAUUAGGGCUAAAGUACAGUCAAUAUGAGUGGGCAUCGCUCUUCUGGAUAUUUAGGUGAAUGACCCUCGAACUGUGAUCCCCAGUCCUUCCUCUUGUCAAGCACUUCAUUUUAUAUUGAUCGUCCAGUGGAUGCACAUACACAAAACAACACAACAUAUGUAUAUGACAAUUUUCCCGUUCACUCUGUCAGCAGAUUAACACCCUCAACCUGCUGUACUGUACUGUACUGUACCAGUUUCCAGUGUGCACUGUAUGUUUGUGUGCUGUGGUCUGUUUCCACCAUCUUGUCCACAUGUUUAGUACAUGGACCCCUUUCAGUCCAGCUCAUUAUGUAAAAUAAGUGAUUUAACAACAUGCUAAAAUGAAUCUAAGUGUGUGAACUGUGUCAUAAAUGCAAACGCUUUAGUAAUUGUCAAAAUCUAGAACCAAGAAGACUCUUGUCACUUUUAUCUCGUUUAUACCUUAUAUAUGUACCAAAGAAGACGUUCCUGGAGAUAUUCUUAGUUUAUAUUUUUUUAACAUGUAAUAUAUGAACAUUUAGUAACAAAUGAGUUUGUGUAGGUACAGUACUCUGCACUGCGUUGGCUCAGUGGUUCUCUGUGCACAGGAGUCCAAUCUGACUGUUUCUUAGUACAUAGUGAUAUUUCGUUGCCUUGCUAAACAAAUGAAAUUGAACUGUUGAGUAGGUACUUUCCUCCAACAGCUAGGAGGGCUCAGCUUCACGACACGUGACUGUUCAUAGAGCGCACAGACUGGAUGUGCAGAGAUCUAAAUGUCCAUUUCAUGUUUAUUUUGGAGGAAUCUCAACCAACCUUAAAACAUGAAUGUUCAUAAUUUGCAGUCAAUGGAAGUGUCCAUGACUCGGAGGGGAUUUUUGUUUAAUGGAGUUGUUGGUUUGUGCGCAUAGGUUUGUACAGUAUGAGUGAGUGUGUGAGUAAAUUAUUACAUGACCAUUGGCUGAACUAGACUGUUUGUGGUUCAAGCGAGGGUGUUAAGAGCUGCGACUUCUCAUCGCUUUAUUAGCUGCUCAUUAUUACCCUCGAGUAUUUUGUGAGUCCGACUCUGUGGCGGUAAAUUUGCUAAUAUUGUCUUUCGUUUGUAAUCUGCAAAGCAUCGCAAAUCAUUUUAAUCUCCCUCUUUGUACUUUGCUUCGUUUGGAAACGUCUUGUACAGAAAUGGCAUAUUGAAUGUCUGAUUGUCAAAAUACACACGUUUAUUUUUGUAAAAUGACUUUGUUUUGUCUGUUCUAUUAUGAACCGAGGUGUUAUGGACUCUGAAGUGAGUUUAGCAGCAUGACCUUCUAUUGAAAUGAUUUUAACCGAUUUCGUUAGAUGACCUCUAUUCUUUUUCAUUUGACACACUGUUGACUUUGAGGCUGGUGUUGAGCGGUUCACCACUAAUAAAGUCAAUUUCCUACAGGGGUAAAUGGUACAGUUGACUCAGAAAUGUGUGAGGUUAGGAACAAUUCAUCCUGAGUAAUUGAUGUUGUGGUACAGUGGCGCGACGUGUGGUCCACUGCCAUUAGUAGGUUACAUGCAGCCUUCUGCUGUGAGACAGGAACAUUAAUUGGCAACGCUUCACUACACACUUUUAGUAAUUUUAUAGAAAAUAAAGCAUUGGAGAGAAAACAAAUGAUUCCUAGCUUUCAUAGUUACUGACUAUAAGUAUUGUGUGUUUUACACAAUACAGAUGUUUAUUACAUUAUUAUUAUUUAUUUUAACCCCCUUUCAAAAAUUUUACCUAACAACUAGAACUUGUUUCUAAAUAUUACUAUAACUAUUAUACUACCCAUAUACAUGUAUUGUGCAUUUGACAUUGAUCUGGUCCAUAACUUCCCUGACGUACUGUACAUGUGACCUAGUGGAACUAAAUGUGUCUGAAAUGUAUCUGGGCUGUUGUCAUUGAAAAUAGAUCAAUAUAUCUACUACAAGUACUCCUUGUACAGUCCUGCUUUAAUAGUGCACAGAAUCACCCCCAUGGCUUCACAGUCUUUAAUCUGUAUUAGAUUUAUGCCUCAUGGUCCAAAUAGGAAACACUAGCCCGCUCCAGACCUAGCUGUUCUAAGGAGCAGAUUGCUUUCAUAUGUUGCUGAAGCUGACCACUGUAACAAAAGCUGAGUCUGAUUGGACUCUGCUUUUGUUUUUGUCCACAAUUAAUCCAAAAAAAAUGUUGCGGUUAACAAUGGCCUCUACAUUUCUGAACACUAAAUUAAUGUCAUGCCUAGUACAUCUAGGGAGUUUCCUCAUCUUUUUGUAGGAUAUCUGCUUUAAUAGAUGGAGAAUGUUGGAAUAAUAUAUUGUUCAAUUUUGCUGUCAUUAAAAGUGAGUGUAUGUGACAAGACACUUUUUUGUGAUGAUGAAAAACAUGGUGUUAUAAGAUGUAUAUGUUGUUUAUCUAACCAGCAAAUAAAUGUAAAUGUAUAUAAAUAUA